AUGUGUCAGGCCUUUCCUACUACCCUCAAAGGGUCGACAUGGGUCUGGUUUAAUAAAUUAAAACCAAGCUCAAUCGAGACCUUUGCAGAGUUGAGCAAGGGAUUUGUAAGUCAUUUCAUUACAGGUCAAAGGCACAGGAGGCUAGCCACUCACCUGCUCACCGUGAAACAACAGAAGGGAGAACCAUUACUGGAAUAUAUCAAUCGGUUUAACACCAAAAUGCUACAAAUGGAUGAAGCUGAUGACAAGGUAGCACUAACCUCCUUCAUGGGAGGAUUGCAUACAUUUAGAUUCCUUUUCUCCUUGUCAAAAGAACCUCCAACCAGUAUGGCAGAAUUACUAGUCAGAGCCAGGAAACAUAUGAAUACAGAGGAUGUAAUGAGUGCGCGAAAGAGGAAAGAAGGAGAAGAUAAAAAGGCGGAUAAAAAGAGACCACAGCCUGGUGCCAAGGACGAGAAGGAGACCAAAUUCAAAAAGUCUUCAAUCAAUCAAAGUGAAAGGGCAUCUCAUUACAAAAGCUCAGAUAAGUAUACCAACUACACCCCGCUCACUAUGUCUAUAGAUCAAGUUUUAAUGCAGAUUCAGGAUGAUCCCUCCCUGAAGUGUCCAUCGAAGCUGAAAUCUGAACCCUCAAGAAGGCCUCGAGACAAAUAUUGCAGGUUCCAUAGAGAUCAUGGGCAUAUCACGGAGGAUUGUAUCGACUUAAAAGAUCAGAUUGAGAAUUUGAUUCGAAGGGGUCACCUGCGAAGGUUUAUAGCGGGAGAUGAUAGACGAGGUACUAAUCUCGCACAAGGGAGGCGGGACAAUCAUCCACCAAAACAACAACCAGUAGGUGAGAUCAGAGUCAUAUCUGGAGUGUAUGCAAGAGGAGGUGAAACAGCCACGACCCGAAAAACUUAUGUAAGAAGAGCAAGAACAGAGGUGAAUGAGGUGGGAAUGUUCAACUCUCCAUCAAAAACACUAAGGUAUGCUGAUACUACCAUUAUGUUUUCAGAGGCUGAUGCUAAAGGGAUCCAGCAACCCCAUGAUGAUCCUCUAGUUGUCUCCAUGGUCGUAGCUAACUACACUAUAAGGCGUAUACUUAUUGUAAUGGGAAUUCAACUGAUAUAA